GCGGUGCGAAUUUGGGCGGCGGCGCAUGCGCAGGCCGGGCGGGACCCGCGUACGGAGGCCGAGUGGGGCCGUCCCGGCCUCGCCUUUUGUCCGGCGGGAGCCCAGGGCGCGGAGGUGGGUCCGUCCCAUCCCAGGAAAAUGGGGUCCAAACAGAUCGCCCAGGAGACGUUCGAUGAUGCGGUGCAGGAGAACAUCACCGAGUUCGAGAUGGAUCCAGAGGAGGCCGUCAGAGAAGCUGUGCAGCAGUUCGAGUCCCAAGGUGUGGACCUGAGCAAUAUCGUGAAAGCCGUGCGACCUCCUGCCUCUGAGAACGGCCAGAGGCAAAAGCAUCAAAUCCUGCUGACGCUGGAUUCCCUGGGCAGAGCCGUGGCAGAGGCAGCCGUGGCCGAGCUGCCCGAGCAGCUCUCGGCGUUCGCGGCGCAGUGCAAGGAGCAGCUCGCCUUCCGCUACCUGGCUGGCCGGAAUGGCGCCUACCCCGUGGUGUUCUCAGCCUGCCAGCUGGCUGCAGGGGACAGGGAUUUGCUGCUGCAAGCCUUCUCCACGCUCUCUGCCCUGCUGGACGGGCAGCCGGACCUGCUGGACGCGGCCGGGCGGGAGCUGGUGCUGCAGAGCCUGCGGGAGCGGCGGGAGGACGCGGAGCUGACGCUGGCCGGGCUGCGCUGCGUGAGGAACGCCUGCCUCAAGCACGAGCGGAACAGGCAGGACUUUGUCAAGGCUGGGAUCCUCCCUCUCCUCACUGGGGCCAUCGUCCAGCACGGGGACAGCGCCGACGUGGUCAGGACGGCCGCCUCGGCCCUCAGGGUGAUGACUUUCGACGAUGACAUCCGUGUGCCCUUCGGUCACGCCCACGAUCACGCCAAGAUGAUUGUCCUGGAGAACGAUGGGUUGAGGGUGCUCAUUGAGGCUGCAAAAGCCUUCACGGAUAACUCCGGGGUUCUCAGCGAGCUCUGCGCCACCCUCUCUCGCCUCUCCGUCAGGAAUGAGUUCUGCCAGGAGAUUGUGGACCUCGGGGGCUUGAAUUUUAUGGUGACUCUGCUGGCUGACUGCAUGGAGCACCCGGACGUGGUGAGGCAGGUGCUCAGCGCCAUCCGCGCCGUGGCCGGCAACGACGACGUCAAGGACGCCAUCGUGGACGCCGGGGCCACCGACCUGAUCGUGCUGGCCAUCAGCCACCACCUGGGCAACCCUCAGAUCUGCGAGCAGGGCUGCGCAGCCCUGUGCGCGCUGGCCCUGCGCAAGCCCGAGAACUGCAGCGUCAUCAUGGAGGGCGGCGGGGCGCUGGCGGCUCUGCAGGCCAUGAAGGCUCACCCACGAGAGGUGGCUGUCCAGAAACAGGCCUGCAUGCUGAUCCGGAACCUGGUGUCCCGCAGCCGGGAUUUUUCCCGGCCCAUCCUGGAGAUGGGCGCCGAGAACCUGAUCACGGAGGCUCGCGCGGCGCACAGGGACUGCGACGACGUGGCCAGGGCCGCGCUCAGGGACCUGGGCUGCGCCGUGGAGCUGCGGGAGCUGUGGACGGGCCAGAAGGGGAGCCUGGCUCAGUGAAUUCCGCCCAGCACGGAGGAUCCGAGGCGUCUCCGCCCCUGGAAUCCCGUGGGAAGAGCGGCCGGCGCGGCUCGUUCCGGAGCGUCCGAAGCAAGCGCCUUGGCCUGGGAGGCUGCGGGGAACUUCUUUGGUUUUUUUUUUGGUUUUGUUUUUUUUUUUUUUUUUUGCCUCGGGAGCUACAGCUGCAACGGCUUUCUGCAUUCGCAGGCUGCGAAAUCGCCUCGUGUAGUGAUCGUUCCGUGGGUCAUCUGACGGCUGGAGAUGAUCUGCUCCCCGCUGGCGUCCCCCGUGUGCGGGGCCGGGCUCCUCCCGCCGCUCCGGCCCUGCGGUGACAGCAGGAGCGGCUCUCUCCUUCCUGGCUGCUGGUUCCCAUUUGUCCCCUGCUCAGGGGCUGGAUGAGGAGGAGUCUCCCCGUUUGUGAAUGUGCUCCCCCUGUCCCGUUCCCCUCCUCUUUUACUGCUGGCCCUACUCUCGUGUCGCUGCUUUGUUGGGGAUUUUUCCGCCAGCGUAACGUUUUAAAGGAAACGAGAAAAAAAGCAAAGUGAGGAUUUGGGAUGAUAUCCAAAGGAACGCUUGGCAUCCAGGAGGAGAGUUCGUGUUGUCCCUCGGUGAGAGGAGCAGGGCAGGGACUGGCAGGGGGUGGGAGUUCCAAAGUGGGGCCAAGCUGGCGGUGGUUCCACGCUGCAGGAAGCACUGGGAAUCCCAGGCUUUGUCACCUCCUGGGACUUCCCCGCAUCCGGGAAUGCUUUGAUUGCAGUGAAGAGGCCAAGAACCUCACGGACUGAGGCAGAACCGUGGAUUUGUGGGCGAAGCAGGCCCCAGAAAGGCUCUGAAGUCUCAGCCCCAGGUUUCUGUGCCAGCCCCGCUCUGGUGCUGAGCCCUCCUCCUGCGCCGCUGCCGCCGCUGUUUUUGUGAGUGGAUGUUUUUAAUGUGAUAUUCUCUGUAGAAAUGGUGACCUUAUAAAACGUGCAAACCUUCAA